AUGACCGAUCCGGCACACAAGCGCUAUGAGGUGCCUCUCGGAGAGGAGCUGACGCUGCCGAAAACGAGCGGAAACGCCGCCAGUGCAAAGUACGAGGUGGCCCUGGAGGCCGAUGCGGCCAGCUUCCACUUGGUGGUCAGCCGAAAGGGCAGCAGCAGCGUCAAGAUGAUCGACACCUCUCUGGGUGGCCUCAUCUACAGCGAGCACUUUCUGCAGUUUGUGACGAAGGUCGCCAGCACUGACGUCUACGGAAUGGGCGAAAACUACGAGACCUCCUUCAAGCACGACUUUAACUACAAGACGCAUCCGCUCUUCACCAAUGGCCGUGCUCCGACGCGAGAUCGAGAUCUGUACGGCGUGCACCCGUUCUACACUGUCGUCGAGCAGGACGGCAAGGCUCACGGCAUUUUCCUCCUGAACAGCAAUGCUAUGGCUUUCACCACAAUGCCCACGCCGGCCCUUUCCAUCAAGGCCCUCGGCGGCAUCCUCGACUUCUUCGUCUUUGUCGGCGACAGCCCCGAGCACGUCGUUCAGCUGUACACCUCGGUGGUCGGUCGACCGGUGAUGCCGCCCUUCUGGGGCCUGGGAUUCCAGCUGAGUCGAUACGGCUACAAGAAUCUGACGCACAUGCAGAAGGUGAUCAACCGAAACAUCAACAACCACGUGCCCAUUGACGUCAACUACCUGGACAUUGAUUACAUGGACGAGUACCGCGAUUUCACCUACGACCACACGCGCUUCAAGGGCCUGCCCGAGUACAUGAAGGAGACCAAGGCGAAGAAUGGCUUCUACUGGGUGGUCAUCACCGAUCCGGUAAUUCAGGGCGACAAACCGGGCUACCGCGCCUUCGAUGAGGGCUACAAGCGGGACGUCUUUGUGAAGUGGCCCGCCUCGAUUCCGAUGGCGCAGCGAACCAAGCCGGGCAAGGCGCCCAUGGACAAGAGC